CCAGGGGUCAAAUCAAUCACAUUAACACUGACCGUAGAUAGGCUGCUCAGGAAAAAUGAGGAGGUUGUCGUACGGUUAGCGACAAAAGAUGGUAGCAUUAUCAUGGAAGACAUCAAAAACGAGGAUGGCGUUAAGAGUACAAUUGUUACGAUGACUGUUCCGCUCAGAGCCGAUGGAAUAACACAUUUCACUGUGAUAAGCAGGGAAAAAACAGAAGCUUUUCAGAUUUUCAAGCAAGCAGUCUCACUGACACUGGAAAGUGAACCGGAAGCGGAAAUUAACAUCCCUGCUGACACUUUUAAAUCUUGUGAACUUUUUGUAAAGUUUGUGGAUACGACAGAGAUUAUCGAAGAAUACGAGCAGGAUCAAAAUGAUGAAAGAACACCAGGGAAUGCCUGUCCUGAUGUCAGAUAUCCUUGACAUCACCACAAGUGACGACAAAGAGCCUAAACAAGAAAUAGAAAUUAAGAUACCGAUCACAGCAAAAUCUAGAUCAGAAGGCAUCGUUAUUUUAAAGACACCCAAUCCUGAUCCGAAUCUCUUGAAGUGGGAGUGGGAGGAAAUUCCAGCGGAAAUUAAAAAUGACAAGGUUGAGUUUAAAAUAAGCCAUUUUUGUAGAUUUGCAGCGGUUGCCCAGAAAUCAUUAGAGGCCAGCCCCGUCACUGCGACAAAUGCAGUAAUGAACGCCUCUCAGCACAAUCGACUAGUGAACUUUUUAGUCGCAGUAAAAAUACCGGAAGUGAACGAAAUACAAACAAAUAUGACGAUAACAUGCGGAACAAAACGUACAAUAAACAACGUGAAAGGGAAAUAUGACAAGAGCUACAACUGUUCUAGUCUGGGAGCAGAUUUGCCACUGGUUCAGAAUGGACAGCGGUUUAGGAUUGUUAUUAAUGGGGAAAUAACAGUGGAGAGUGGGGAAAACAUCGAGCUGAUAUUUAAUGACAAACAAGAGAGCUCACGAGAACUGGAGAUCAGCUAUACUUCUUCGGAUAUUUCCGGGACUGUUGACAUUUAUCCAGUAGCGCAUUACCAGGUACCGGUGGUCGAGGCUAAGUGUUGCUGUUACAACUUAUGUACUAAAAAGAUGAGCGUGGAGCCGUAUGAAGACAAAAGAGAGGAGAAACUCAGUACGAUAGCAUUCAAAGCAACACUUACCAACCAAGAUCUAGGAAUAUCCCAACAGUCACAACCCCAAGAGAGACCGAUGAGAACUACUCUUUCAAAUCUCCCGGUUGAAACGCUGCGAAAACAUCUGUCUAGGACGAAUUGAGAUACGGCCAAAUGACAUCAAUAAUGAAAGACACAAAUAAGACAUUCUUGCUAUGUUUGUUAUGAAUAAACAACAUAUUUUCUCGCUGAAAGUGAUAGUCCAGCUGAAGUAUGGGGUGGUCACAAUACGAUGCCUUAUCAAUGACAAUUCAUGAACAACACCCAAAUGCGUGUCCUAUUCCGCCUUAAUCAAACUGGAAUACAACACUCUCCUCAUCAAUCUGAAGUAUAUUAGGAUUUAAUGGAUGAUCAAACAUAUUCUGUUAGCAUAACACUGAAAACUUGCUCGUCGGGAUAUAACAUUUCUUGCAAAAUUUCACACUGAUUUUUGACUGUCAGAAUCGGUUAUUCGCAUGUUCUUGCAAAUAUAAAUCACAAACGGUUGUAAAUUGAAAGUGUGGGGUUUCAAUGGCUACAUUCUGUCAUCGUUGUUAGACAAACGGCCGGGGAAGGGUACAUCCACUGAGAUUUGGAUGAGAUAUAUAUUUUUUCUGACAGUUAAAUCACCCAAGGAAAGAACCAGGAAGUAAAUUGGCCAACUAGUCGAUCAUAACGACACGGAUGGCUGCCUGUCAUCGUUGUAAGACAAACGGCCAGGGAAGGGUAAAUCUACUGAAAUUUGGACGUGAUUUAUAUUUUCUGACAGUUUACUCACCCGAAAAAAGAACCAGGAAGUAAAAUGGCCAACUCGUCGAUAAUAGCGACACGGAUGGCUGCCUUACAAUGAGACUACCGUAGACUGUUAACGUUAGUGUCAUUUUGUGUGUUUACAACCAUGUAAUAUUGAUUGUGGUGAUGUGUAUCGCACAGGUGAAUAUGUUGUAUAGAUUAAUUGUCAUGCGCUUAAAAGGUAUUUGUUAAUGGCGUCCUUGUCAAUGAGACAUAGGAAGAAUAAAGCAUACCAUUGUUAUAUAUACAUACAUAUAAUGAAUACAUACCUCAAAUAUCUACAUCAGUGUCGAAAAUUAAACAUCGAGCAUGCCCAUAUUCAUUCCACUUCAGUCUUCAAAGUAAAAUAAUACUUUAUUGAAAUGGACAAGAAGGAUAUAGUUUACAUACAUUGUAUAAUAAAUGAACUAAAAUGUCUCAAAAUCAACAGAUAAAUAAAGAACAAGGAAACGGUAACACCAAUUAUGGAAACGAAACUGAAUUCUAAUAAAGACAAUACAAGUGAAGGUAAAUGAACUACAUUUGUAACUACAUAAUAAGAUAAUUCAAUUUAGAUGCUUCGCUCUUUGAUUUUCGAGUAUAUAUCUUCAAGUACGGGGAUAUACAACAUAAGCCAUGUAUUGCGGCCUUUGGUGCUGUUUCUGUGCUAUCUGUACCUAUAUUAUUAAUGUAAUUAUCUUACUGUAUUGGUAACAUUUCAAUAACAAAAUAUUCCCAUCAGUUUCCAAGGGUCAAAAUCUUUUAAAUUGUGCUGUCGUUUCUUCUACUUGUGUGUGCUUGUGUAGUUAAUAAUUGACAAAUAUGGAACAAAUAAAAUUGAUUUCAUAUCAUU